AUGAAUAUAUUCAGGCUAUUGGGGGAUUUCUCUCAUCUUGUUGCCCUCAUAAUCCUUCUAAAAAAAAUCUGGAAGACUAAGUCAUGUGCUGGACUUUCAGGAAAAUCUCAACUUCUUUUUGCGGUUGUGUUUACAUCACGUUACAUGGAUUUGUUCUUCAAUUUCAUUUCACUGUAUAACACCAUCAUGAAGCUUUUCUUUAUCAUUUGCUCUUGUGCGACCGUCUACCUCAUGUAUUUCAAAUUCAAGGCUACCUACGAUUCUAAUCAUGAUACAUUUAAUAUGUAUUUGUUACUGAUCCCCAGUCUGCUACUAGGAUUAGUGGCCAAUUACGAAUUUUCUUUAUAUGAGGUACUAUGGGCUUUCUCAAUUUACUUGGAAUCGGUUGCUAUCAUGCCUCAGUUGUUUAUGAUUAGCAAAACUGGCGAAGCUGAAACAAUCACUUCUCACUACUUAUUUGCGUUAGGAUCAUACCGUGCGUUAUAUUUGUUCAACUGGAUAUACCGUUAUGUUUUCGAUGAUUAUCUCGACUACAUUGCUGUUGUUGCGGGUAUUGUACAAACAUUAUUGUACUGUGACUUCUUCUAUUUGUAUAUAGCUAAAGUUAUGAAAGGACGAGACUUACGAUUACCUGCCUGA